AUGCCUGAUUUACACACUCUUCCUGCAGGGUCUCGUCCCAUCAACGCCAUCCGCAACAAUGGGCCAGAUCACUUGGUUCUAGAAAGAUUGAAGUUGAGAGAAUUGGCAGAAGGAUGGCCGUCUUACAGGGACGCCUGCGAAUGGGAAAACUUCGAGUCCAUCUUCCACCCAGGGGCCUACGUCUACACAACCUGGUCAGGCCGCGUUCCUUUCACAGACUUCAUCGCGGCUUCCAAAGCAGGGAUGGACAAAGGCGCCUUUAUCAUGCACCGCUGCCACGGCUGCAGCACAGAUAUCAACGCCGAGGGCACCAGGGCCGUGACCAAGCUCAAGGCGACGAUUACACAGCGCUUCGAGAUUGACAGCGUCGAGUUUGACGUAGAAGCUGACUGCCGCUUCUGUUUCUACUUUGAAAAAGUGGGAGAUCGAUGGGGCGCGCGUCUGGUACGGCAUUGGUAUGAGAAGGAUAAGGUGAUUCCCUGCAACCCGGCCAAGUUCCCCGAGAUUGAUGAGGGAAAGUUGGCUGCGUUUCCUCCUGGGUACAAGUAUCUCGCGUAUUUCCAGGAGCUCACAAUGGGAGUCAAAGUUCUUUUGAAUAUGCCUGGGCAUCGGCGUCAUGUUGGGACGGUGAACCUGGACAAGCACGACUUACUUUACUGGCAGGCCAAGGAGUGGCUUGAAGGAAAUACCAUAGACGUGUAG